GGACUUGUGUGUGCACAGUUGUCUGUAGCUAUAAAGGUGUCAUGGCGGCGCGGAGGGUGGACGUGUAAUGAGGCGGUGACGCUGCGGGACAGAUGUUCGCUUGGCCAUGGCGGCCCGCUGGUGGCGGCUCGGCUUGUCUGUGAUUGUGGUGCUGCUGAUUAGAGAAGCGGCUGCCGGGCUCGUGGAGCAGGGAGCCCCGGGGAGAGAAGCGGGAUACCCCUGGGAGGAGCAGGACGAGGGCGGCAGCAGCCUCAGCUCAUUAGCGCCUGGACUCGGGGCUGCUGCAGCCUUCCCAGCCGGAGAUGUGGUCGUGGAGGACGUGGAGUCCGGGGCUGAGCAGGACGAGAGCGGCCGGGAGGAGAGCAGACCCAGGUCGCUGGUAAUAAUCAGUACCUUGGAUGGAAGGAUCGCGGCUCUGGAUGCGGAGAACCAUGGCAGGAAGCAGUGGGACCUGGACGUGGGCUCGGGGUCUCUUGUGUCCUCCAGCCUUAGUAAGCCUGAGGUAUUUGGUAACAAGAUGAUCAUCCCCUCCCUGGAUGGAGAUCUCUUUCAGUGGGACCGGGACAGAGAGAGUAUGGAAGCCGUCCCCUUCACGGUGGAGUCUCUCCUGGAGUCGUCGUAUAAGUUCGGCGAUGACGUGGUGUUAGUCGGGGAAUCCCUUACCACGUACGGGCUCAGUGCCAGCAGUGGAAAGGUAAAAUACAUCUGCUCGGCCAUGGGCUGCCGGCGGUGGAGUGAAGAGGAGGUGGAGCAGGAUGAUAUUCUCCUAUUGCAUCGAAAGCAGAAAACUGUGCGUGCAGUGGGGCCCCGCAGCGGGAGUGAAAAGUGGAAUUUCAGCGUUGGUCACUUUGAGCUGAGAUACAUCCCAGACAUUGAGCCUGGAGUGGGUUUUAUCGAAGGCCAUGUAGAGCCCAGCGGGGCCACAGAUGACUCUAAAAUCAUCACUGAUGUAGACGAGCAGGAAGCGGGCACCAAGGACAUGCUCAUCAAGGUCUCUGUGGCCGACUGGAAGGUGAUGGCAUUCAACCGCCAACUGGGUCACCUGGAGUGGGAGCACCAGUUCUGCACCCCCAUAGCCUCGGCCUGGUUAGUCAGGGAUGGGAAGGUGAUUCCUAUUAACCUGUUCGAUGACACAAGUUACUCCUCAAAUGAUGAUGUCCUGGAGGAUGAGGAGGAUCUCGUGGAAGCUGCUAGAGGAGCCACAGAGUCCAGCUUCUACCUCGGCAUGUAUCGGGGUCAGCUGUAUCUGCAGGCAUCUGUGCGGCCGUCUGAGAAAUUCCCAGUUAAUCCAACAGCGUUGGAUACCAGGAAGGAUGGUAACGCCAUAAUAUCUCUGCCAAGGAUCAAGUGGAAGCCUCUUAUCCACUCUCCUUCCCGGACGCCGGUCUUGGUCGGCUCAGACGAGUUUGACAAAUGUCUCAGUAAUGACAAGUUCUCUCACGAGGAAUAUAGCAACGGGGCGCUGUCUGUGCUUCAGUAUCCAUACGAUAAUGGUUACUACCUGCCCUACUACAAGAGAGAGCGCAGUAAGCGAGGAACACAGAUCACCAUAGGGAUACUGGAGAACCCCAACUACAAGAACAUGCGCAAGAAGGAUCCCGUGGUGCUUCUCCCCUGGUGGAAGGAGAUUAUUGGCACCAUCCUGCUCUGCAUCACCGCCACCACGUACAUCGUCCGCAAGCUCUUUCAGCCGAAUAAUAGCGCCAGGAAGAGGAAAGAAUCAGAAACGCAGUGUCAGACGGACCAUAAAUACGAGCCUGUGAACGGGGAGCUGGUGGAGAGCCGGAGCGAUUACAAUGGCAGCGGCUACGUGUCCCGGUAUCUCACGGACUUUGAACCUAUCCGGUGUUUGGGACGCGGGGGCUUUGGAGUGGUAUUCGAAGCCAGGAAUAAAGUAGAUGAUUGUAACUAUGCCAUCAAGCGAAUCCGCCUCCCCAAUAGGAAACUGGCCAGAGAGAAGGUAAUGAGGGAGGUGAAGGCUCUCGCCAAACUGGAGCAUCCUGGUAUUGUGCGCUAUUUCAAUGCCUGGCGUGAAGAACCACCACAAUUAUGGCAGGAGAAAAUGGAUGAGCUGUGGCUAAAGGAUGGAUGCACGGAGUGGGCCUUCAGCUCCCCUACUCCUAUGGACGGCCUUUCCAUCAAGGUUCGGAGUGCAGACCCCUACUCCAUGAAGGAGCAGGUGGAAGUCCUCACCCCCUCCCCGGAGAGCUCCCCGUCCCCUGGAUUUAUGGCCAUUGAUCCAGGACGAUAUGGCAGGCACUCGUUUCCUCGUCGCUUCUCCACAGACGACUUCAACCAGUCACACGAUGCUAUGGUGAACCUGCAGGACAGUUUCCUUAAGGACUGCGAUCUGGAGCACAGCACGAUGGAUGACGAGGACAUGGGACCAGUUUACGAGCCCCGGGAUCUCUGGUUAAAUGAGAGAACCUCCUCCUCCAUCAUCUUUGAAGACUCUGGUUGUGACAACGCGUCCAAUAAUCUAGAUAACAGGACGGACGUGUCCGUUGUGGUUACGACCAGUGAGUUUUCUCAGAGAGACUCUGGGACCAAAGACUCCUCCUCCAGUGAGAGUAAACCCACCUCUCCAAGCACUUUGUCCAUUUCUCCUCCCAGACCCAAAACCUUGAACUUGGACCUAACCAAAAAUACUGCUGAGAAGCUGAACCCCAGCUCUCCUAAGGUGUACCUCUAUAUACAGAUGCAGCUGUGCCGAAAGGAGAACCUCAAGGACUGGAUGGAGUCGCGCAGCACGCUGGAGGACCGGCCACGGGCCGAGAGCCUCCAUAUAUUUCUGCAGAUUGCAGAAGCUGUUCAGUUUUUGCACAACAAAGGCCUAAUGCACAGGGAUCUGAAGCCCUCCAACAUAUUUUUUACAAUAGACGAUGUAGUGAAGGUUGGAGACUUCGGCUUGGUUACAGAGAUGGACCAAGAAGAUGAUGAAGAAACCGUUUUGACACCCAUGCCAGCCUAUGCCCGACAUACCGGGCAAGUGGGGACCAAACUAUAUAUGAGCCCUGAACAGAUGUACGGCCAAAGUUACUCGCACAAGGUGGACAUCUUCUCCCUGGGCCUGAUCUUAUUUGAGCUGCUGUAUCCGUUCAGUACCAAUAUGGAGAGAGUGCAGAUAUUAACAGACUUGCGGGACUUGAAGUUUCCACCAAUGUUCACACAGCAGUAUCCCCAAGAGCACACCAUGGUCCGGCACAUGCUUUCUCAUAACCCAAGCGAGAGACCUGAGGCUGAAGAAAUUAUAGACAGCCCCUUGUUUGAGGACUAUGAACUUCCCGGUAAGCUGACCCUCAGACAGAGGUCCCGGACACUGAGCACCUCAGGCCUGAAAAGCCUAAAGCAAUCCAGCAAGUGACUACCAGUUUCGGACCCCUCUGCUCCUCUGUUCACAAUGGGGCCCGGUGGGAUUUAUACUGCACAUGUUUUAUACAGUUGGCCCGGUGGCCCAUCGGUUGGGCAUUUCUUUCAAUCAACAAAGAGCACAAUGUAGCCAGCGGCAUUAUGAAGACCAAGAGUUCAUGUACUUUUCCAUUCCAGGACCUCCUUUUUAUUAAUGGCCGUCCUUUUAGGACAAGCAUUUUUGUUCGGAUCUGUCCUUCCUCUUAAAGGGCACCACACUACUAACGUUCACCUUUGACCUGUAGUCUUCUAGAAGAUUAUCCAUAGGAGUCAAUUUGUUUUUUGAUUAUUUUUUAAUGUAAUUUUUUUUUUUUUUUUUUUUACAUGACGUGAAGCACAGAUGGGAGAGAACGUUGAAGGGGGGGGGGGGGGAUGGGAAUGGUUUAAAAAAGAACAAUUAUUUUUCUAUGUUACAUGGAAUGAGUUUUUAUAUCAUUGAAAGUAAGUUUUGUAUAGGAAGAUUCCAAAGCCUUGGAUAGGGGGAGAUUUUUUUUUUUUUUUUUUUUACCUGCUGUUUAUGUCUAAUGCAGUGUUUUUCCAACUAGGGU